GCCACCGCGCCGCCACCGCGCGAUUUCUCGCGUGCCAAGAGCGGCGAAGCGAAGAUUCGUCAAAGAUCGAACUGUCAUAUCGCAGAUAUGACAGCGGCAUGACCCACGUCGUCAUCCUCGGUUCAUAUCAGUCGAGGAGGUGGUGCGUCGCGACGCAGCUGAUUCGCGUAUGUCGCGGGCGGCGAAACACGUGAGACGGCGAAGCACGUGAGGAAGCGAAGCAUGUGACAGAUGUGUAUGUGUGUACGUACACAUGUGACGCAUCGCGACGCCGCACGAGCGGAAGUGAUAACGGAGGGAAUAAGCAUUCUGAUCGCGCGCAAUAUUAAUGCAUUCGUGUAAAUCAUCUUGAAAGAAUAUAUGUUUUUUUAAAAUGUUAUUAACGUUCCGGUUCACAUCGAUCUAUGCGAAGCUAACCGCCUUGCUGCUCCUUUCGGCAUAUUCGUAAGAUUCAGAAGCUCCUCCAUUAUUCUGAAACACGGUGAAAUGUUUGGUGGUUCUGGAUUAUCGAGAUGUGGUCGCGAAGCUGUUAAAUCCAAGCUGUUUACAUUCGAAGGUUUGAAGAAAAAUUGGGAGUUAAUACCGCUCGCCUUCGUAUCAACUUGCGUGAUGCUCGCCAUACCUUUCAUGACCUACCAUAGAUUGUUCGUUACCACGAUUGACGUUCAACUAACCGAUUAUCAGAGAUUCGAGAUUCCGUCUAUUCCGAGAUUUUUCGAUCUACGAAAUCCACGUUCUUUAAAGCUGAUAACAUUCGCCGAGUACAAACCGGCCAUCCAUUUGGACAAUCGGUAUAGAUUAAUGAGGCACGAACCGAUGUUAGACGCCGAUGGCAAUAAGACCGAUAAAAUUGGAAAAGAUCGUGAAUAAUCAAGCAACGAGAAAACAUAAAAAAAAAAAAAGUCG